GGUAUGCACAAGGAGGCCUUGGAAACUUUUAAAUUACUGAAGCAAAAUGGAUUGAGACCUGAUAUAGUUUCCUAUACCUCCUUACUUAAUGCUUAUGGUAGAUCUGCACAACCUGAGAAGGCUAGGGAGGUCUUUAAUGAGAUGAGAAAGAAUUCGUGCAAGCCAAACAAAGUCAGUUACAAUGCACUUAUUGAUGCUUAUGGAUCUGCUGGAUUAAUGUUGAAGGAAGCUAUAAGUACACUGUUAACAGCAUGUGGUCGCUGCAGUCAAGUAACUAAAAUUGACGCAAUCCUUGCAGCAGCAAAGUCUCGAGCGAUCGAACUAAAUACAGUUGCUUACAACUCAGGCAUCGGAAGCUAUUUAAGUUUGGGUGAUUAUGAGAAAGCUUUGGAGUUGUACGCAUUAAUGAGGACACGCAAUGUGAAGCCAGAUGCUGUAACUUACAAUGUACUCAUUAGUGGAUCAUGUAAAUUGGGAAAGUAUGCAGAAUCUCUGAAAUUUUUUGAAGAAAUGAUGGACCUGAAAAUUCAUUUGACCAAGGAAGUCUACUCGUCUGUCAUUUGUUCAUAUGUCAAACAAGUUGCAUUUUUGGCUUCUGCAAUAGGACCUCAUGCAUGA